AUGACGAAUUACGGCACGAUUCCGGCUUCUUCAGCGCCAGCCACCACGGCUUCAAGAAUCGAGUAUCUAACACGAGCCAAGGAACGCAUGAAGGAAGGUCUCGGCACGCGCCGUUCAUGGCGCGAGAUGUUCGACUUCCACGCCUUCAAACUCCCGACCUCCACGGACGACGCCGUUUCUCGGUUGAAAACAAACGUCGCCUUCUUUCAGAUGAACUACGCGAUCGUAGUUCUAUUGGUUAUAUUUCUCUCCCUUAUAUCGCAUCCCAUUUCGCUCAUCGUGUUGGUGGCGAUAACGGCCGCCUGGCUGUACUUCUACUUCCUCCGAGACGAGCCGAUCGUGAUCUUCGGCAGAAUGAUUACCGAUCAAAAUGUGAUGAUUGGUUUAUCGGUUAUUACAAUCGGUCUUCUGCUGUUGACUGGCGCCACUACAAAUAUUUUGUCCUCGCUAUUGGUCGGAGUAGUGGUGGUUCUGAUUCACGCCACCGUGAGGAAAACUGACGAUCUGUGCACCGAUCCGGAGGCUGCUGGAGGCUUGUUGAGACCUUCAGCCUCCAGGUAG